CCAGUGCCUUGGACAUGUCUCUGCUGGGCUGUAGAGAGCCUCGUAAUACACCCACUAUCAGACCCCAAAUUCCGCAAACUCCUUGUAAUCACAAUCACCAAAAUGGGCUACUACAUCCGUCUCUCCCGAAUCGUCCCCGACGGGCCCCCAGCCCACAGGGAACAUCUUCGCCAGCUCCUCCGCAUGCUGUACAAGACGGUCCUGCAGUUCAGCAUGAUCCUCGUCGCUUAUCCGAAUUCCGAUUACCUUCUUGAACCUCACAACGCGGAAAUAAUCAGAGUCGAAUUUGCCAACAGUGAGAGAGGCCUCAUCACGUUCGAAUCAAGCUGGCUCUAUCCAAGGCUCGAGAGUGCUCUAGGAGCCGUCCCGGAGCCCAAUGAUCACGACACCGAUACUUCGUACGAUUACAUAAUGUCCAGUGAGCCUGAGCCCACUGAUCACGGCUCCAAUACUUCGGACGGUUACAUGAUGUCCAGUGAGCCUGAUUCCGGGACUCUGGAUCACCCGACCAGUUCAGAUUAUGCUCCUACUCCCAGUCGUAGUCAAUCUACGAGCCCUGGGCUCCGGUACUGCAUUCACAGAUCAGCCAUUGAAAGCAGACGUGCCGGCACCGUAUCGGUGUGAUUAAAGCAAAAGCAAGAUGGAACAUCUCCGGCCGGUAUAAAUCUAGGCAUGCAAGAUAAUGCCAGCUGGGGUUUUCACAGGCGGGAGUUGCCAAUCUGAUGUCGUAUAAGAUACAUGGUUUUCAUCAAUUUGGCCUCAAUCUUUGGCUAUAGCGACUACAAUUCUCUCAAACACUUUGAUAGUACAAUAGCGAAAAAAUUGCACUCUUCUUCACUGAUAACUUGCCGUGUUUGUGCCAACCAAAACAGAGCAAGAUCCGUAUCUUCUCCUCAACCCCUUACAGCAGCCCUCA